UGCGAUACUUUUAGCUCCAGGUGGCACUACAACAUCAGAAUUCAAAGCCGUUAACCAGUUAUGAAAGCACAGGUUUCGGGUCCAUCAAAUACCUCCUGGUCUAUCCGAGGAAGCGACGUCACAGACUAACGGAAGCGUCGUCAAGGUAACUAUCUCAAGCGAGCUUGUUGUAGAGAACGUUUCGCUGUUCUGUCAGGUCUGAAAUUCCAUUGAAGAUGAGUGACCAACUGAAAUUCAUUGUUGAAAAACUCAACAAAGAACCUUUUAAGAAAAACUACAACCUAAUAACGUUUGAUUCACUGGAACCGAUGCAGUUAUUACAGGUUUUGAAUGAUGUUCUUGCAAAAAUUGACCCAAAGCACUCCGUUGACAUCCGAGAGGAAAUGCCAGAUCAAACUGCUAAACGAAUGUUGAGUGUUCUUGGAAUCCUGAAGUAUAAACCUCCAGGAAACAUAGGAGAUAUGAGUGUAUUUCGACAAGGAUUAGUUGUUGGAAGCAAACCUGUAAUUCAUCCAGUGUUGUUCUGGCUACUCCAGCGAACUAAUGAACUGAAGAAGAGGGCUUACUUGUCACGAUUCUUGGUCAGACUUGAAGUUCCAGAAGAGUUUCUUCAGGAUGAUGUAGUAUCUGAGACUAAUAUGCAGUAUGAAGAAUUAAUGGCGAACUUUAAAAUUAUCCAUAAAGAGUGUGAACAACUUAAAUCCUCUGGAUUUUCCACUGCAGAAAUCAGACGGGAUAUCAGUGCAAUGGAAGAAGAGAAAGACCAGCUCCUUAAGAGAGUGGAACGUCUUAAAAAAAGGGUGGAGACAGUGCAGAAUCAUCAGCGGAUGCUUGAAAUAGCAAGACAGCUGCGUGUUGAAAAGGAAAGGGAAGAAUCCUUGGCACAGCAGAAGCAAGAACAAAAGAAUCAGCUGUUUCAUGCAGAACAGAGGCUGCAAAGAGCACAACAUCAGCUGAAGAAUAUGCGCCAUGCUGCUGCAGAUGCAAAACCUGAAGGUCUUAUGAAAAGACUGGAAGAGGAAAUGAAAUUUCAUUCAUACAUGGUUUCUGAAAAGCUUCCGAAAGAACUAGAAAGUAAACAACAGACUUUGCAUUUCCUGCAAAAAGUUGUCACAGAGCCAGCAAUGGGUCAAGCUGAUCUAACUGAGCUUGAAGAAAAGAUCCAUGAAGUCAAUUUGCAGAUUAAUCAGCUGAUUGAAAAUCGAAUGAGAAAUGAUCCAAUGGAUGACAAACUGUCUCUUUUCCGGCAACAGGCAGCUAUUAUUGCACGAAAGAAAGAAACCAAAGCUGAGGAAUUACAGGAGGCAAAAGAAGAGAUUGCCAACAUAGAAAGAGAAAUAGCACAAAAAUCCACACAGGCUCGAGAUAUUGAUGGCUCUGAGGUAUUAAGAGGAGAUGAGUUUAAACAUUAUGUCAGCAAACUAAGAUUCAAAAGCUCAGUCUAUAAGAAAAAACGGCAGGAGCUGGCAGAACUUAGUGCUGAGAAUGGUGUCUUGCAGAGGACAGAGGAGAUCUUGAAACAACGACAUGAGAAUAUACAGCAACAGCUGCAAGCAAUUGAACAGAAAAAAGGCAUUCUUGGGUACAGUGACACGCAGGAAGAAUUGGAGAGGGUUUCCGCUUUGAAGAGUGAAGUGGAUGAAAUGAAAGGAAGGACUCUGGAUGACAUGUCUGAUAUGGUAAAGAAAUUGAAUUCCAGGAUAGCAGAGAAAAAGUCAGCACUGGCACCAGUUAUUAAAGAGUUGAGACCAUUACGUCAGAGAUGCCAGGAACUGACUCAGGAACAUGAUGACAAGAAAGUCCAAUAUGACAGCUGUGCUGCUGGUUUAGAGAGUAACCGUUCAAAAUUAGAGCAGGAAGUUCGUGGACUUAAGGAAGAGUGCAGCCAAGCAGAGAGUCAGUAUAAUUACAUCAACUUAAUGAAGAGGGGUGUUGAAAUACAGAUACAACGAGCAGCAGAUGAAAUGAAAGCUUAUGUGUCUCCCGACCCACAGGACCGCAGAAAAGCUAUUAGGGAACAGUACUCAAGGAAUAUAUUGGAGCAAGAAAAUCUUGGAAAGGCAUUAAGAGAAAAGCAGAAAUUAGUGCGGGAAAGCCACGGGCCAAAUAUGAAACAAGUGAAGAUGUGGCGUGACUUUGAAAAAUUGAUGGAGUGUAAGAAGUUGUGUUUUCAGAAACAGCAACAGGCAUCAAUCGGCCAGGUUAUUCAAGGAGGAGGGGAAGACUUACUCAUAUUAUAAAGCACCGCCUCCUUCAUUACUGUUAUAUAUAUAUAUGUGUGUGUAUGUAAUUUAAUGUAGCCAUUCUGUGAGCAUACAAUUGUAGUUACCAGUCCUGUGAUCAUUAAUGUUAUCCCAAGAACAGACAGAUUCAAAUGCAGGUAGUUCUUCUGGUUAAAACAUUAAAACAAUUUUUGUCAGUAUCAAUAAAUAUAACCGAGUAAAGCUCUGGCAUGUUUGGAGCCUGAGACUUUCCCGAUAAGAGAUCUUUCUCAGAGCUGUUUUUCAGUUUGUUGCCAUACAAGACACCAGACCACCAACUGCCUCCUCCCCUCGCUGAUCACCAUCUUCACAGUACAGUCUGCACAUGUGCCAAUUACAGAAGAAGGAGGUGCCAUCAUCACGGAUUUAUGUGGAAUUGUGUAUAUAUUGCACCCCACUAGUGCUCGCUUUAAGCCCUUAUGGAAUUAUAACAGUGGUUGGCAAACUUCAGCCCUCCAAAAUAACUUGGAAGUAAGACUUGCAUUUUUUUUUUACAAUCUAGAAGUUUAUAGGUUGUCCAUUGACGGAUCCACAGGAAAUAAACACGAAGGGACAGGAUUAAACAUUGAAUUUUUGCUGGUGCGUUAUGAUGUCACAAUAAGUGCAUUAAGUCCCAGAAGAUACAGAGGGCAGAUAAAAAGGCACAUGUAUAAUAUUACAUACACUCUGUAACAAGAGCCUGCUUCCUGUCUGUUCUGUUUCAAACAAAAAUAAAAAAGAUUCUUUUGA